GUCUCCUUCUUUCUCUACCUGUCUAGACGCUAAAGAUGGCUGAAGCUCCUCCAUGCCGCAGCCGGUUCUUCUGUCACAGAUGCUCACUAGAGAUUAACCCACGGCUCCCCGAGUAUAUGUGUCCACGAUGUGAGUCUGGAUUUAUAGAGGAGCUGCUGGAAGAGAGAAGUGCUGACAAUGGUUCCGUGUCCAACAUCUCCAGCGGGCCCCAGAACCAACAACCAUUAGAGAAUCUGGACCAGCAGUUGUUUACAUUCCCUUCAGGUUUUGGUCAGUUGUCCUUCAGCGUCUUUGAUGAGAGCUUUGACCUUGGGGCUGGACUUGGAGCAGAGGACAACCGGGAUGCCGAAAACCGGUCAGAAAGGGAAACAUCAUCUCGGCAGCGAUACAGUGCCAGGCAACCAAGAAGUCGUCAUGGUUCAAGGCGCCAAACAGGAAGGCAUGACGGAGUUCCUACUCUAGAAGGAAUCAUCCAACAACUCGUUAAUGGAAUAAUUGCACCCACUGCAAUGUCAAACAUUGGUGUUGGAGCCUGGGGGGUUCUCCACUCCAAUCCAAUGGACUAUGCCUGGGGUGCUAAUGGACUUGAUACUAUUAUAACACAGUUAUUAAACCAGUUUGAGAACACAGGGCCGCCGCCUGCUGAUGGAGACAAAAUAAAAAGUCUUCCCACAGUACAAAUUACUGAUGAGCAUGUUGCUUCGAGACUGGAAUGUCCAGUGUGUAAAGAAGAUUAUAGUGUUGGAGAAAAUGUUCGGCAGCUCCCGUGCAAUCACAUGUUCCACAACGAUUGCAUAGUCCCCUGGCUGGAACAGCAUGACACUUGUCCGGUGUGCAGGAAAAGCUUGACUGGACAAAACACAGCAACAAACCCUCCAGAACUAUCAGGGAUGAACUUUACAUCCUCGUCUUCCUCGUCCUCUUCCUCCUCCUCCUCCUCUUCUACCCCUCAGUCCUCAGGUUCCACCAGCAAUGAGAACUCCACUGAUAACUCAUAGGAAGGGCAUUUAUAUCCAUCACCUCAUGAGCUGUUUUUUGCUCCUCUGCUGCUCCACUUCAGAGCAUUGACCUCCAGUCCCUCCCUGCAGUAGGGCAGAGGCCUGAGCGUAUAUCACCAGGAUCACUCAGGCCUGUUUCAGGGGUAAGUGAUACAUGUGUUUAUGUAUUUCUGCCCUCCGCGUCUCUCCCCCCACCUUCAUCAGAAAUGUGAACAAUGGAAGGACAGAAACCUGCAGUGCAGCUUCUGACUGGGAGGAUGUGGAAAAGCAUGGAAACUUCAAGAGACUUGUGGUGCUUAAAGCACCUCUGAAAGGAGAGAAUCCAAAGGUAGAAGACUAGGAACACCAAGACAAUUACCAGUGUUUUUGUAAAUCUCUAGUCUUGGUUGCUUUAAUAUUGACCCACUUUUGCCAUAGACAAAAGAUAUGGUUAUUUCUUUUUGUUCUAAGAAGUAGCAUUCAAAUCUUUGAGUGCACACUUUCAGUGUGCAUUAGGAUGUAUUCAUGGUUUUAAAAAAAUAUUACACUUCCUUUGGUUUCCAAUUAAAAUGUACAAUAGUUUACAUAAUUGUUUGUUUUGAACAGACUUAUUUUAUUGGAUGAAUUGCAGUGAUUGUUUAAAUAAAACAAGUUCUUGCUAAGGCCCACCCCACACUAACCCAGUUAUUUUUAAAAACUGAGAUUUUCCAUCCCAGUUGCACCAGUUUUGGGUGACAAAAACUAAGCUUUUUGGUGUAAAUGUGCAGGUUAUAAUUCACACUGACUCUCUGCGUUUUGCUCUCCGUUGCAAAAAGAAGCCAUUCUAGUCAAUGCGGUAUUUCACUCUGGCUCGUUGCCGCUGCGGCGUGACGGAGAACCCUCCUCCGUCAUCCAUCAGAGAAACAGAUCAAAACUAUUUAUGACGGAUAACGGAGCACAGACGCAUGAAUAUUAUUUGAGGUAGAGGUUAUGUGCAUGUACGGGUCCUAAUGUGCGUUCAAUGUGAACGAUGUGCAACGUAUGGUGGUGUGAACUAGGAGUGACACUGGAAGCCUACUCUACCUUUUUUUUUUUUUUUUGCAAUAAACCACAACUGCAGUGAAGCAGUUUUUAAAAAAUAUUUUCCACAUCUCUGUUUCCAUAUAACUUCUAAUGUAUCCUGCUGAAGGUAUUUUGCUGCGUUGGAGUUGUCUUGGAAGCUGAAGAUCGGAGCAGGGAGCGACUACACACCCGGGUUAAGUGGAUUCUUCUUGCAAGUCAGAAAUUGCUGCGAUUUGCCGAUUGUUUUGGUGGUAACUAUAAUAAGCAAUACAUGCCGACAGUAUAUUUCUCAUUACAUUAAAACAAGUACAAAGAAGCACCAUUAAACACAGAGAGGAAAGGAAACGGUAUCAUUGAGAACAGAAACUAGAGCUGUUUUGGAGCAUCUUUAGCGCUGCUUUAGCUGUUUAAAUAUCUUUUUAUUGGGGAAGUAGUAAAUGUCGACAUUUUGCUACUUGCUAGUAAACAUAGGUCUUAAACCGUUUUCGAUUAGAACCUGAAAAUCAGGGGAAAAUAUCAGUUUAAAAAUAUCUGGAGAAGUGUAGCUGGAGCCUAAAUAAAACUUGUCAAGAUUUGUGGGAAAUAUAUCUGUAAGCAUCAAAUUUGUUUUUUACUAAAAAUAUUUUUUAACGUCUCCAGUUGAAAAAUUAUUAAUUACAAGUAUGAUUUGUAUACUAAACAAUUAACCGUUAUUGAUAGUAAAACAAAUGUGUUUAUAUUUAGCACAAGUCAUUCCCAGUAUGUUUAUUUGUAGGAUCCUAAAAACACAGGCAACAGUACUAGAUACUGGAAAUACAGGUUUCCACUUUUCUUUGAGGUUUGAUCUGUUGAUUCUGAUUUUGACCAAUUCCUGAUUUUGACCAAUUUCUUAUUUUCUUGAGAUCUAUAAUGCAUAAAACAGGAAAACCUGUGCCAUGUGUUCUUUGAUAAAGCUAGUUUUAAAUCCAGCAGAACAUGAGUGAACUACAAGAAUGUCCUUAAAUGGGUUUUGUUUUUAAUUAAUCCUAAAGUGCAUCAACAUACAAUCUGUUUUUCCAUAUGUCUAUGACCAGUGCAUUUAAUAAUUCUGGAAAAAAAAUGUUUUUUUUAAAAUAUAUUUUCACCAAUCAGAGAUGAUUUAGUGGAAAUUGUCUGACUCCAAUAUCUGGCCAAUUGAUUGAUGCACCUCUUAACAGUACGUACAAAAACGAACCUUCUAUGUAAAGCUCCCACAAACUGUGUUUUAACUGCUGUGUUUUGUUGGAUUUGGUUAGACUGAGUUUGUGGCAUUGUGAGUAGAAACCUUAUUGAGUUUUAUUGAGUAUUUUUUAAGCUGUGCAAGAUGAAGGACAGAUAGAGUUUAAAUAAAGGAUCCUGUGAUGAUUUUUAAAAAAGCAUAUAUAUAUUUAAACAUUCAAUGUCUGAGAUGUUAAGGUUUUUGGUUUCCAGUCUAAUUUAUGUGUUCUUUUCUUGGUGCUUUGCACUCUUAGAACAAUUGAGGGACAAUAGCCUACAUUAGCGAACACCUUUGAACCUUUUUUCAAUGCAUAAUAAGUCUUUGAGAUAAUUUUGUACUUUCAAAGUGAUGACUGGUCAAAUGGUAUGCAAACAGUAAACAAACUCUGUAUGAAAUCCUUUACUGCUGCACUUGCCUGAUAAAUAUCAAUAAGCGAACUACAUUCUGCUUCCUUUUAUUGUUUAGCUACAUGUGUGCAUUUCCUCUACUUGUACCCUUGUUGUCCCCUGUGAUGUUAGGUUCUAAAGGGUUUAACCAGAAGGGAUUGUUGUGGCGCCCUGAACACUUGUGGAUACACACAAAUGAACACAUUUGAUUUAUAGCUUUGGGAUUAUUUUUUUUUACAAUAUAAAAAUUAAUUAAUGUUCAGCUCCUUUCCUCACAUUAUUGUUAAGUGUUUUUAUCAGAGAUUACUGCCUGGCAAGUUCAUUAAAAAUGUGAUUGCGUCAGGUUCAGUGAUGCAGAGCAGACUUUUUCUCUAAUACCAGUUGUAUUAUUUCAUUAGGUUUGUAGAAGCUUGCAGCUCCUUCAUGUGAGUGAAGGUUGCCUGAUUUUUGGUUUUAAUGGAAAGAUGAGAGUAUCUAAACAGCUGUCUUGAAUAAAACUUUGUAGAAAUUAAUUUCUAAGUAAUCACUUCAGAUAUGCCAUGUUGGAUUUCUUCUUCCCUCUGAAGGUGCCGUUACAUUUAAAGUGCCUGCCAUAUUUAUUUGCAGCCCUGGUUAAGAUGUUUUGAAAAGGCUGAAAAUGUCUUUCAGUACAAUAUAAAGAUGUUGUAGUGAAGACUUUAGGAAAAUCCAAAACAAAAUGUUGAAAUAAAUGUUUAAAAAAUCA